AUGAUAAAGUCUCUGAAAGAAGAGGAGCUCCUCCAGACUCUGUACGAUAAGAGAGUCCAAGGAAAGUUUCUAACCUGGGAGAACACCAUGCAGCUAGACACUGGCUGGCAAAGCCUGCUGUAUACCUUGAGCCCCGAGCUGACAAAGUUCCACCUAAAUGCCAUCCACGACGUUGCAAGUACACCUAGCAACCUCCAGCUUUGGAACUACAGCUCCACGAACAACUGUCCCCUUUGUGGGCGUCAGCAGUGCAACCUAAAGCACAUUCUAACGUGUUGCCCAGUGUCACUUAAACAAGGAAGAUACAAUUGGAUACAUGAUCAGGUGCUCAGGGUAAUCGUGCAACCAAUUGCAGAGAAGCUGAGGGAGAUAAACAGUGCUACCCCAAAGAGAGAAGAAAAGAGAGAGUGGAGGAAGUUCGUAUCCGGAAAAGGAACCUACAGGAAACCCGAAGUACGGCUUACAGAAGAACCUCAUCUUCUAGAGGAGGGUAACGACUGGAAACUUGUGUUUGAUAAGGACGAAAGGACAAGACAAUUCCCCCAAAAUAUCGUCAACACAGCUCUCAGACCUGACGUGGUAAUAUACUCUAACACACUCAGGAAAGUCAUCCUGAUAGAGCUGACCUGUGGAAACGAGGAGAACAUUGAGGACCAGAGAUCCCGGAAAGAGAAGAGAUACGAAGAACUAAUGGUGUAG